AUGUAUCUGUCAUUUAUCCGUCUGUCGAAUUUUUUGAAUGACCGUUAUUUAACGGUAUUCGGUAAACAGUUGCUAAUUUUACGUUUGCUUUGCCGCUGCUGGUUGUACGUUGGUGCUUGCCGCUUGGUUCAGCAUUCUAAUUUAUUACCAUUUGAAAAUACUGAAUGCUGCUCUCAAAAAUCUUCCAAAUGUAUUUCAAAAACCAUGGACCUUGUUGUGAUAGUCAUUGGUUGGUGA